GAAGUCCGAGCGAGCGCCGAGCGCCGAGGCCGCCGAGUCGAUCAGCGGCAUCAGGCAUCACUGGCAUCAGCGCCCAGCGCCAGCGGUACGGCGUUCGUUGGAGUCGGACGUGCGCGUUUCGCGUUAGUGAUGAUCAAAACGAACCGUCGUCGUCGCCGUGGUCGCUCGUGGCACAGCAGGCAGACGAAACAGCCGUGAUCCGUGCUCGGUGUUACGAGUCGCGAGGCAGAGGCAGAGGGAAGACCGAGAACCCGCGCCGUCGCCGUCGCCGUCGUCGCGCUCCGCCGCAGCGGUCACGGAUGCAUAUGGAGGUGUCUCCGAACCGGCGCUGUCUGAACCAGCUCAACAGCUGAUCGGAGCACGAAGCGGCGGUGAACGGGGCUACUAUCGCACCACCACCCCGCGUUUCGGAGAACGUCAGUCUCGUGUCCUCUAGAUAAAAGAUUGAAAAAAAGAAGAAAAAACCGUAAAAAAAAAUCUCCCGGCGAGGAGAAAGAGAUCUGUAUUCUUACACCUGGCAAGAGGAUAGGAGGAUAGCAAGCAAGGGCGAAGUGUAUUUUCGCUCGCUUGGACACGCCAUCAUGGUGAAAACUUUUCAAGCGUAUCUACCUUCCUGUCACCGCACUUACUCGUGCAUUCACUGCCGUGCUCAUCUCGCCAAUCACGACGAACUCAUCUCUAAGUCCUUCCAGGGCAGUCAAGGUCGUGCCUAUCUUUUUAAUUCUGUGGUGAACGUAGGUUGCGGUCCCGCGGAGGAGCGAGUUCUAUUAACUGGGCUGCACGCUGUCGCCGAUAUCUAUUGCGAGUGCUGCAAAACCACCUUAGGGUGGAAAUAUGAGCAUGCGUUCGAGUCAAGUCAAAAAUACAAGGAAGGAAAAUUUAUAAUCGAACUUGCCCAUAUGAUCAAGGAGAAUGGAUGGGAAUGAAAAGCAGAGGGGAAUAGAAGAGUUCCCCGUGCCUCUCAUCAAACUUUUCCUGAUAAUGCCUACGACGUUGUUCUACGUGCAAUGUACGGCCCCUCUCUAUUCGAACCACCAACGAAAGUCUGUGAUUUCAUUUGUGAUUUAUAAUCUUAGUAAUCUUCGUUUCGGACAAUUCAAACAAACGCAACAUCGGUUUGCUUCUGAUCAAAUCGAGCAAGCGAAGGUAUCGCGGCGAUCUGUAUUCGUCGGUGGACACAUCACCAAGUAUUGUAAAGAAAUUAUUUUUCAAUGGAAGAAAAAAGUAGAGUAAGAUGACGAUGUCAAGUAAUGGUGGAACAUGACGAUGAAGGUGCCAUGGUGGAAAUAAAAAAGCGAGCGUGCUCGGUACGAGCAGUGGGGUGCCCCCCCUCCCUAAUUUUGAUUCAUUAUCUUUGUAGACAUUGCGUGCAGUCGUGUGUCGACACUGAAUGUUAAAAAUUAAACGUGCGGGGCACCCCGACAAUCAGUUUUAUCUGUUUUAUGCACCGGAACAGCGCAAGUGCCACAGACUUUGCCGGACUGAUUGCCUGCCUGCCGCGUCUGUCAUUGGAAUUUCACUGCCGAUAUUCCUAAUAUUAAUUAAGAAUGCUGCGCCGUAUUUAGACGGCGUAGUGGUAGUUCUAGUUUAGCAUACAUUAUAGAGUACUAAAGCCUAUAUUGCAUUAUUAUAGGACUUCGUGGAUAUAGAAAAUAGGAAUGAAUAAGAGUAAUGGAGGCAAGAAGAGCGAAAGAAAGAAAGAAUUUGAGUGAAUGAGAGAGAAAGAGAGAGAGAGAGAGGGGAAAGGAGAUAUGAAAGAAAAAGUCUGGUUAAGUGUCACGUGUACAUGUUUGGUUUUACGUUCAUCAUGCCUGCCAAACUGUCUGUUUAUCUGCCAGUUGCCACAUUAUUACAGUAGUAUCAUGUUGUAAUACGUUUUCAUCGCCUGAGUAGGAUGCGGUGUGAUUGAAGUUUUCGUUAUCAAGUCUUGAAACUGCGCCUUCCUAUGCACGCAAUAUAUCGGAAUCUGAAAUAUAAAAAAGGGUGAUUGUGCUCGUUUUUUUCUUAAUCUCUCGAUCUUGUUCAUAAAUAUUUUUAUAAGAUCCAACUGUAUUUACGAAAUAGUUAGUAAUGACAGUCGCGAUCCUAUAUAAAGAUAAAUUCAUUGAGGAUUUAACUUUAUUAGUCACCAAACUUUCGAUUACACAAGUUUACAAUCGAAUAUCCAUAAUAAAGUUGUCGCUUCUCAUACUACAUUGAUGCGUUUUCAUACAAUGUAGCCUUUUUUUUGCGUGAGAAAUUUUCCCUCGAAAUAUUAUUAUAUAGAGGCUGAUUAUACACGAAUAUAUCAUUUGUGCUGUAUUCCUUGAUGAGCUCUUCCGUUGCUAUCUUCUUGUUACGAUUAUCGAAACGACAGUUAAACAAAAUUCAUAGAAUUUAUGGCGAGUGCACUUAUUAGAAAAUCGGAUAAAUAUAAGCUGCGUCUGUGCGUGAUACUUAACGAUUGAACUAAUGACUUGUAUAAAUUUACGACAUUAAUCGACUGACUCGUGAUAUCGACAUUUUAAAAAACCAUUUCUAUUUUAUGCGCGUAUUAUUAUAUUAUAUUAACAGGAAGAUAGCUUUAUCGUGUUUAUUGCAUCAAGCGAUAAUCUGUUUAUAUUGUAUAAAGUAUUUUGUAUAUCUAAUAUCAGUGAUCUUCGUUUGCACUGUUUUCUACUAAAAAAUUAUAUGUAGACAAAAAUCAUAUGUUUAACAAACUCCUUUACUUCGACCGAACUGGCAAUUUUUAUUUAAUAAGCAUAUGUUUAACUUUCAAAUGCAUACAUAUGAAAGUGCAGUGUAUUCGUGCAACAUAUGUAGAAAAAUGUUUGCCUACCUAUCUUGGACAGAUUGACUGACUAACUUGAUCGAUUGGCGACUAACCGACUGACCGACCGACCGACCGACUGUGAACAAACAAAUAAAAUAAAUGAAUGAAUGGGAGAAUGAAUGAGUGUGUCGGCCUAAUAUUCACGCUGUCACUCAAAGAGUACUUUUUAUAUUAAUGUGCCGAUAUCCUUAUCCGCACUCACCUUUUCGGAACCUUGUUAAAAUGUACCUAUCAACACUAACUCUGUAGUCUUCAGCCUCCACAACUUCCACCAUCACAGGUUUUGCUUUGUAAAACGUGUUCUUAAUAAAAGGGAAAAAAAAUGAAUACACAAAGUAUUGAAGAUAA